AUGUCUCUGACCAACACAAAGACCGGCUUCUCUGUGAAGGACAUCUUGGACUUGCCUGACACCAAUGACGAAGACGGGUCCGUCGCGGAAGGCGGGGACGAGGAGACGGAAGGCUCGGAGCCCCCCAAGAAGGCCGUUUUGGGGGCGACUGCCUUGCAGGACGCGGUGCAGGGGCUGCCGCUGAAGAGCCCCUUUUACGACAGCGCAGACAACCCCUACACGCGCUGGCUGGCCACCACCGAGAGCAUCCAGUACUCCUUGCACGGCUUGGCCUCCAGCAACUCCCAGCCGGACUCGGCGUCCAAGUCCCCCGAGCCCUCGGCGGACGAGUCCCCGGACAACGAGAAGGAGGCCUCGGGCCACGUCGCGGGCGGCGGCGACUCCGGCAAGAAGCGCAAGCGGCGGGUGCUCUUCUCCAAGGCGCAGACUUAUGAGCUGGAGCGGCGGUUCCGGCAGCAGCGCUACCUCUCGGCGCCGGAGCGGGAGCACCUGGCCAGCCUGAUCCGGCUGACGCCCACGCAGGUCAAGAUCUGGUUCCAGAACCACCGCUACAAGAUGAAGCGGGCCCGGGCCGAGAAGGGGAUGGAAGUGACUCCUCUGCCCUCCCCGCGCCGCGUGGCCGUGCCCGUCCUCGUGCGGGACGGCAAGCCCUGCCACGCGCUCAAGGCCCAGGACUUGGCCGCCGCCGCCUUCCCCGCCGGCCUCUCCUUUUCCGCCUACGGCGCCCAGUCGCUCCAGCAGCACAUGCAGUACAGCGCCCAGUACGGCUCCGCCGGCGCCCCGCAGUACCCCUCCGCCCACCACUUGGUACAGGCCCAGCAGUGGACUUGGUGAAGGAAGCCAGCGAGCGAGGAGGGGAGGAUGGAUGGAUGGAAGGAAGGAUGGAUGGAUGGAUGGUGGGAGCGCCCAGAGACUGGUUGGCGGGACCCCCGCCGCCCAGCGCAGGAGCAGGCCGAGGAGCAGCGGGGUCCUGCAGACCGGGGAUUGUUGGGGGGCGGGCUUGUCCGGACUCCGGUCCGGGAGGGACGCGGGGAAGACGUCGCCAGGGAGGGGGGGCUCCUUCUUUUAGGGCUGGGGAGGGGUCCGUUUUCAUUCUUUUGUGCACCAUGUUUACAAGGGGAGGGGGAGAGGGGGUUGCGCCGUUUACCUGUCUACCUACGAGUACAAAUUUUAAAUAAGAAGACAUAAGAAUAAAAAAAGAAUCCAAAACUCAA